CUCACCUCACUCGUGCAAAUGAGUAGACAUCAUCGCUCAUAAGCUAACGUGCGCCGUAGACGAAAUUGGCGCACAGACUCGCCGUGCUCGUCCCAUUCCCCCCGAUCCACCACCACAUAGAAAAGGAUCUGAAUAUAAGAUGGCCGUGCGAGCAACGGUAUCGCGUUUCCCGAUCGAUUCAGACGCUUUAGAGGCGUCAGGGCUCCCCUGGGGACUCACAGUAACGCCAUUCGCCUCCAAAGACGAGACCGGGAUCGGACCAGCGUACGGAUCCAACGGCCAUAUUCUUCCUCGCUGCGAAAACUGUUACGCUUACUUCAACACUUACUGUGAGCUCGAUCAGUGGGCCUGGACCUGCUCGCUUUGCGGCACUCUUAAUGGACUCCCUUCCGAUGCGAUCGCUCGUUACUCUUACCCUCACGACUCUAUCCCUGAAAUGAGUUCCUCCUUCGUUGAUCUCGAGCUGCCUCUGGAUGGAUCGGAGGAAGAGAUGACGCAAGCAAGGCCUGUGUACGUCGCAGCCAUUGAUCUCUCCUCUUCUGAGGAAUUUUUGGAGCUCACGAAAAGUGCAUUGCUAGCUGCUCUUGAAGCUCUGAGUCCAGGGUCUCUUUUCGGUCUUGCUACAUUCAGCCACAAAAUAGGACUGUAUGAUGUUCAAGGACCUAUACCAGUUGUAAAGAAUGUAUUUAUUCCACCUGAUGCGGAGAGCAAAUUACCUCUAGAACUUGAGGAUGCCAUGCCCUUGUUACAGUUUUUAGCUCCGGUAGAAACUUGCAAGGAUCGUAUUGCUGCCGCUCUUGAGACACUCAGACCAAUAACUUCUUGGGAGAGAUCAUCUGGAGCAGCUCAAGGGAUAGAUGGUGUGUUGAUGGGCGGUAGAGGAUUAGGUACAGCAAUGGAAGCUCUCUUCAACUAUCUAGGAUCUGAAUUUGGGAAUACAUUUGCAUUAGCUAGGGUGUUUGCGUUCAUAUCUGGUCCUCCUGAUUAUGGACGUGGGCAGCUGGAUACAAGUAGGUAUGGUGAACAAUACGCAAGUAAAAGGGUUGAUGCUGAUCGUGCUCUGCUUCCUGAGCAAACACCGUUCUACAAAGACUUAGCCACCAUUGCUGUCCAGUCAGGUGUAUGCGUAGACCUCUUUGCAGUUACGAACGAGUACACCGAUUUAGCAUCGUUAAAGUUCCUUAGCAUCGAAAGUGGCGGCUCGCUGUUUUUGUAUUCAAGCACUGAUGAUUCGACUCUUCCACAAGACAUGUUUCGGAUGCUUAACCGUCCGUAUGCUUUCAAUUGCGUCUUGAGAUUGAGGACGUCAACUGAAUUCAAACCUCUCCACUCUUAUGGUCACUUCUUUCCCGAUCCACAGUACGAGAAUCUUCAACAUAUCAUCUGCUGUGAUUCAUAUGCAACAUAUGCUUAUGACUUUGAUUUUGCAAAUAAUACUGGGUUUUCCAGGCAUUCUAGAGAGCCACCUGUGGUGCAAAUUGCAUUCCAGUACACAGUUGUUGUUCCUCCCGAGGGACUGCAAAAUUCUGAAUUGCCAUCUUCAAAUAGAGGCAAACACUUACUUCAGAGACGACUAAGGAUCAGAACCAUGCAAUUUGAAACUGCCCAAAACAUCAAUGAGAUUUACGACAGUGUAGAUCCUGAAGUUGUUCUCUCAUUGCUCGUUCACAAGGUUAUUUUAGUGUCUCUAGAGGAUGGAGUCCGAGAAGGUAGGGCAUUGCUUCAUGAUUGGCUAGUAAUCCUAACAGCACAAUACAACGAUGCCUAUAAUCUCGUCCAAUACAAAAACGGAAACAAGUCAAUGAGUUCUCAGAUUGACAUCACGUUUUCACAAUGUCCCCAACUUGAGCCUUUGCCUCGCUUAGUCUUUGCCCUACUCCGUAAUCCUCUCCUCCGGUUUCAUGAAGAAGGUGUUCAUCCUGAUUACAGAAUCUACUUGCAAUGCCUUUUCAGUGUGUUGGAACCGAGCUCUCUUCAUUGCGGGAUAUACCCAUCGCUAGUGUCGUAUUCAACACCGGAUAAACAGGCGUAUCCGCGUCAUUCAUUGAGCCGUGCAGCAUUGAUAACAAGUGGUAGUCCGAUAUUUUUCUUAGAUGCAUAUACCACUUUGAUAGUCUUCUACACAUCAGCAGCUGACCCGUCACUUCCUUUCCCUCCACCACAAGACUGCUUAUUGAGGAAGAACAUUAAUAUGGUGAAGCAAGGAAGGAGCAUCACACCAAAACUGAUGUUUAUUCGAGAAGGGAAAGACGAUGCUACGGCAUUUGAGAACUAUCUUAUUGAAGAACAAGACGUGGACGGUAGCGGUUUUGCUAGCGCCAGGGGUUUUGUUUCUUUCCUGGACGAUGUUUCGCAGAGUGUGGCUGAAUACAUGAAGUAAUUAGAGCAACAAACGAACUCUGUUACCUUUUUUUUUUAUACAUCCGAAAAAAUUCAAAUGUAUCCCAGCUUGAGUUUUUACUCUUUUGUUGUAACAUUUAACAUCCCAACAUUUUUAAAUUUUGUCGAGUCCCUUGGUCAAAUGGUU